AUUUCGAUGAUAGUGCAGCUCACGAUACAGUAGUCAAAUCAGUCAAAUGCAACAGCUAGAAUCUGAAUGCAACAUUCAUGAAAAGAACUCGUAGGGACCAACAUGUAUUCGAACAAAUUGCUUAUUUUAAUCAUGCUGGUGUAUAGUUUAACAAGUGAUGCACAAACCGUGCUCACUCUAGAGGACGUGCUUGUCACUACCAACUGGAGUUCGGAGGAAGUCGGCGAAGAACCGUUGGACAGUUCAAGUACACGGGGUUUGGUCGGUGAUAUUGCAACAAUAAAAAAAGUUGUUGAAGUCAUUCAAACCGUUGGAGGAAAAGUGAUUCCUGCAAUUAUAGACAGUCAAAAAUCUACCGUUGAUGCACCGAAUAAACCUCCACGAUUUAAAUUAUUGAAAGCAUUAAAGUCAGACAAUAAGGAGGAGUCGGUUGGACCGCAAGAAUAGUGAAAUGUUUCCAUUUCGUUUGGGAUUAGAGGAGAUAAUAAAUAAUUCUUGUCAUAGAU